AUGGAGGACCAGGCCUCCUUUGGCCAGCCAGGUGUUCCCGGUGCCACCGGUGCAACUCCCUCGCAGUUUACCAAUGCCAAUAGCGUGGUUGCAUCCGGAUACCUGACCAUGCCUCUCGCCCCAGAUGACAGUAUUUGGCCAUUCGUCACUCCGACUUGGCAGGAGAAGAGCGAACCUCAAGCCUUCACCAAUUCCGGCCUGGAACAAAGCCUCAAGAACUCGCAUCUUCGCAACGGCCAGCCCACGCCUCCGCCGCUCGAGGGUAUGUAUCAAUCUUCUCAAUACGACGCAUACAACGACCCGACAUAUGCUCAGCCGACUCCUCGCGGAAGCUUCAGCCAGCAGGUCCAGCCUAGCGAGGUCCAGCCUAGCGAGGAGAGGCCGCCGAAGCGUCGCAGACCCAACGCACCGAAGUCGUCCUCGCCCGAUCCAAACGACGGAGAGGCUGAGCGAUUAAAGCGGGAGAAAUUCCUGGAGCGCAACCGCGUAGCGGCGAGCAAGUGUCGGCAAAAGAAAAAGCAACAUACCGAGCAACUCAUGAGCCAGCAUGAUGAGCUUGCGUUGCAAAAGAGCCAGCUACUCAGCGAGGCUGACAGACUCCGCAGCGAAUUGCUAAGCCUCAAGAAUGAGUUGUUGCGGCACUCUCGUUGUGGUGACGAGGCGAUAAACCUGCACCUCUCCCAGAUGGUGAGAAAUAUCACCUAUCAGGACACGGCGGCAUCCGAAAUGAGGUCGGGGCCGGAUUCUUUGACAUCGGGCAGCCCGAACAUGGCAGCCCCGCCCCAGAGCUUGUCCUUUGGCUUCGACAGUCCCAUCCAGAUGCCAUCGACCUCGGACUCGCUGGAUGCCCCUUCCCACCAGGAUUCGGAGCAAACCCUGGCCAGCGAUGGGUCUUACUCGUUCACCGACGAUACCUUUGAGGCUUUGAUCGAUGCCUAG